CUCCACCCAUCUCGACAACGCACCCUAACGGUACCGUACAGUCCGUACAAAUAGUCAACGGACCCCGUACGGAUCCCGGACGGAACCACGGACGGAACCACGGACGGAACACGGACCACACGGCCCCCAAUGUCCGACGACCCCUUCCCCGCCUCGGCUUCCGGCGCCGGCCCUCCCGCCUUGGCUCCCGGUAAGCACCGCGGCCCCCGCUUCAGCUGGAACACGGCCUAUGAGACCACCUUCUUCACCUCCCUCUGCGAGUCUGUCCAUCUCGGUCUACGCGAGGGCAACACGUUCAAGCCCGAGGCCUGGGACCGCGCAUUGCAGGCCCUCAUCACCCACCAUAACGCCUAUGCCAACAAGGGCCACCUCAUCAACAAGAGUGACAAUGCUCGAAAAAAGUUCCGUCUGUGGCGCGGUCUGCGGGAGGAUCCAGACUUCCACUACGAUGUCAUGACCAGGACUGUAAAUGCAUCCGAAGAAGCAUGGGCCAGACAUUUGCAGAUGGAGCCACUCUCUCGCUCCCUUCGUGGCAGACCCUUUGAACAUGAAGAACUAUACGAGAUCUUGUUCCCCGAUGUCAUCGGCUCUGGCGGUGCCCCUAAACGGCUGACCAAACAACGCCCCCGCAAGACGAAUGAUAACCUCAACCCUUCCGGCCCCGGCUCCGGUCAUGGUCCAGGCCACGCCGACCAGGAUGCCCCUAAUACGACAAUCAUGAACCUCCUUGCCGACCCAUCCUACGCAAACCCUCAUCCACAGGGCCACAUGCCUCCGCCGCCGCCAGUCCAUUCGGCUUCCGCCCCUCUUCCCUCUCCCAUCCCCGCCCCCGUCUUGGCCCCCAUUCCCACUCCACCAACCUUGCCGUCGUCUCAACCACCACCACAUUCCCGGCCCAACCCGACCGCACAUCAACCCCGAAAUAACCCGAGCACGUCCGCCCUCACGCCGCCCGAGGAGAAUCCUGUCCAGAACCGGAGAAGGCCUCACAUGCCUGACAGCAGUGGCUCCAGCGGCUCUACCAACGCUGAAAAACGCCGUCGUACUGCCUCAAGCUCUGUUGACCACGCUUCCCAAGCCUCGGGUAUUGCCAGCUCUUCCGCAGUCAGCAGUCUAUCUACUCCCGAUGCGGUAACAGCCCUGGCAGAGGUUUUCCGUUUUCCCAAGCCCAAGCUGAGCUGGGCAGAGCAAGCCGUCGAGAUCUUCUUCCGAGACUUCGCCCAGGAGGAUAUGGACUUUCAGCUCAAGGUGGCCGAAAAGGCCCUCACGGACGAGAACAAGGCCAUGGUGUUCUGCAAGAUGCCCAGUCACGUGCGCAAACAUUGGAUUAAGCGUCUGAGGGAAGCGCACAACAGGAGUAUCUAGGUGAACACGG